AUGAAGGAUCGUCUGAGUCUGAUGGCAGCCCUGUCUGAGAGCAUGCUGACAGUAAACUUGUUACUGAGCGUCUUCUCUCUUCCAGGUACUUUGGCUGGUUGUAGUAUAACACCGGACCUCAGAAUCACUACACCAAAGAAGAUUGAAGCUCUAAGUGGAUCUUGUUUGGAAAUACCGUGUAUCUAUGAUACAAAGAAUACAAAAUAUGACAGCAAUAGAACUAUCUAUGGAGUUUGGAUCAAAGGUGGUCACAAAAUUUUACCUAUAGAUGGAGAUGUCUUCAACAGCAGUGGGUUAAAUAACUCAUAUUCACUGAAUAUCAUUGGAAAUUUGAAAGAGAAAAACUGCACCACUCUGUUUCCCGAUUUAAACACCAGUUAUACAGACAAAUACUUAUUCAGGAUUGAGAACUGGCCAUUCAAAGCAACAGCUUGUGAUGAUCCUCUCGAUAUAGAAGUAAAAGAUUCUCCUUGGAGUCCCAGCAUUAAUAUCCCUGUUGGUGAUCUGAAGGAGCAUCAGUCUGUCACUAUAAGCUGCUCAGCUGUGACUCCCUGUCCACACUCACCUCCUGAACUCACCUGGAAUCUCAAACAAGACUCUGAGAGACAAACAGAGAAAAACACAGAUGGAACCUUAACAACUAAAAUCCAGGAGACCAUCACUCUGUCAGACACACAUGAUGGAUACAAAAUCAUCUGUUUUGCCAGAUAUCCUGCGAAAGGAGGAAGCAAGACAGAAGAGACAAAGUUUACUCUUAGUGUUGCAUAUGCUCCUAAAGACACCUCAGCAUCCAUCAGUCCAUCAGGUUUGGUGUCAGCAGGUAGCUGGGUGGAGCUGAGCUGCUCCAGCAGAGCCAAGCCUCCUGCCAGCUUCACCUGGUUCUGGAACAGCAAACAUGGAGCCUUUAAUGUAGCUGUGGGGCAGGUUUACAGCUUCAAUGUUACUGAGGGAGGAGAGUAUUACUGUGAGGCUACAAAUGAUCUGGGGACUCAGAGAUCUUCCGUCAUCUUUCUUAGUGUUAAAGAUGUUCCAGUGAUUGGACUCCAUAUUAUACUGAAGAUCCUGGGAACUGUGAUGCUCUGUAGCACGCUUGUCAUCUUUGAGUGCUUCUUCAGAUUCUCCAACAAGUCAAAGAAGAAACAGAAGACCCAACCUAUCUCGACAGUGAUGGAGACCAAACCAUGAGCUUCAAAGUGACCAGGAAUACCAAGGCUUCUGCUAGUGUCUUCUUUCUAUUCAUGCUUUUGUUUUUUUGAUUGUUUACUUUUAGAAAGUUAAAAGGCUUAUUAUUAUUCGCCAAGGUUAAUAGCUUACAGUAAGGGCAGUUACAUUCUAAACAGAUCACUGGUUUUUUAUAUCACUAUAUAUCAUGCUAUAAAAAUUACCUAGUAGUUCUUGAUGCUUA